AUGUCAAUUGCCUUCAUAUUUGUCCGAUAUCCAGAAGGAAAAAAUAUUUCAGAAAUUGCAGUUCUAUCUCUCUUUGGUUCCAGGAAUGUUGAACAAGAGCUUGAUCGUAUCAGCAACCUCCCAGAGCCAAUUAGAUGUCUAAUCAUCUCAAGGCUUCCAAUUGAAGAACUUGCUUGUAGGGAACUUUUUUAUCAAGCCAAGAGAAAGAGGCGAAGCCAUUGUGCACAAUACUUUGUGGCGUGUUCUGAGCAGAGUAUCAAUCAGCUUCAUGAUGCAGCUAGAUUAGUUAAUACUAUCCUCAAUGCUCACUCUGCCGCUCUCACUAGUUGCAGGAUUAAUCAAUUUCCAAUAGGUUUUCAAGAGCCAGUAGAAUCUGUUGAAUAUCUUACCCAAAUAAAAGGAGUUCAAGAACUGUAUCUUACUGGCCGACCUUUGAUAAGAAUUGGUGGUGAAAAGCUAAAGCCACGCCCCUUUCCCUCAUGGGGAAAGACCCUUCAAGUUCUUGAACUUAGCAAAUACACCAUCAAGGAUGCAUCAAUUUUCAUAGGAUGUGACAGUUUGCAUACAUUGAGGCUGAAGAUUGUUAAAUUAGACAAUAAAAGUAUGGAUGAAAUACUGACUUACUGUGAAGCCCUUAAAGAAUUUAUUCUAAGUUCUUGCACUGGGGUUGAAAAUCUCAUGAUAUCUAAUAAAAACCUCAAAAUCUUGGAGCUCCAUAAUAUUUCCUUUAGUCUAAUUAACAUAUAUGCUGAGAGUCUAGCUGUGCUUGUGCUUGACAACAUUCAGUGUCCAGCUAGUUGUCUCAUCAUUGAAGCACCUGCGGUGGUGAAAUUGGAAGCUUUCCAUGUACGGAAAAAACAAGCGAUUGAUUCUCUCAAUCAUGAAGAUUGUUUCGAAAUGGAGGAUAUUCUGUCCCGUUGCUGCGGAAUCUUGGGGUCCUGUAAUGAUGCUGGGCGUCCUAUAUCCACUCAGACUCUCUACAUAAGUCCAUUCAAGAAAUUGCUGAUGUUAUCAUUAAAUUUGGACCUAAACAAUAUCAAGGAGGCGAUAAUACUGUCUUACUUUUUCAAAGAGUGCUCUGGCCUAAAAACUCUACAUAUAUGUAUUCCUGCCGACAGCACAGAUAACUCGAACCAAGCUUCGGGAAACCAACUCUCAUAUCCUGAGUAUUUGCUCUGGGAUGAAAAGGAGAUAUUUGAAAGCAUAGAAUAUAAUUUAAGUACGGUGCACAUUACACAAUUUAGAGGAACGGAGCUUGAAAUAGGAUUUGCGAAGUAUAUAAUCACUAGAGCUCCAAAGAUGAAAACGAUCAUCAUCGAUUGUCAGGAUAGCUGCACAACUGAUGUGCUGAGCUUGAAGAAGCUACCUAAGGCAUCUGUGCAUUUGUCUGUUCGGAUCAUCCCAGAGUAUCAAGUGUCUAGAAAGAGAAUUUGCUUGUAG